AUGCAGAGUACAAUUGCUCACCACCUGCCAACAGCGAUCCUGGAGGAAGUAUUAGCCAAAUUGAAGGCACACUAUAGUGUAAUCUGUUUUAAUUUUCCAGGUGAGAAGCCGCACAGAUGCCACUUGUGUCCCUUUGCAUCAGCUUAUGAACGUCAUCUGGAAGCUCACAUGCGAUCACAUACUGGUGAAAAACCAUACAAGUGUGAACUGUGUUCCUUCCGCUGCAGUGACAGAAGCAAUUUAUCUCACCACCGCAGGCGCAAACAUAAAAUGGUGCCUAUCAAGGGUACAAGGUCUUCCCUAAGCAGCAAGAAAAUGUGGGGGGUUUUGCAGAAGAAGACCAGCAAUUUGGGGUACAGCAGAAGAGCAUUAAUUAAUUUGAGUCCACCUUCCAUGGUGGUUCAGAAACCAGACUACCUUAAUGAUUUCACUCACGAAAUCCCAAAUAUCCAGACUGAAGCGUACGAGAACAUGACAAAAACAACCCAGAGCAGUGGGUUGCCAAGAGAUCCACAAGACCUUAUGGUUGAUAAUCCUUUAAACCAGCUCUCUACGUUAGCUGGACAGUUAUCUAGCUUGCCACCUGAAAACCAAAAUCCAGCCUCUCCUGAUGUUGUUUCCUGUCAAGAUGAAAAGCCUUUCAUGAUUCAGCAGCCUGCUGCACCUGCAGUAGUUUCAGCUGUGUCAGCAAAUAUUCCUCAAAGUUCAUCUCCAACCAGCCCAGAUCCUCGACCUACCCACAAUCAAAGGAACUAUAGUCCCGUGGCAGGUCCCAGCAGCGAUCGCAGUGCCCACACCAGUACUCCCAGUAUAAGUAACAGUCAACCAAGUACUCCAGCUCCAACCCUUCCGGUUCAGGACCCUCAGCUUCUGCAUCACUGCCAACACUGUGACAUGUACUUUGCGGACAAUAUCCUUUAUACCAUUCACAUGGGAUGUCAUGGAUUUGAAAAUCCUUUUCAGUGCAACAUAUGUGGGUGUAAGUGUAAAAACAAGUAUGACUUCGCUUGCCAUUUUGCAAGAGGCCAACACAGUCAACAUUGACUGAGAACACGCUUUCAUUUAGUUUUUUUAACAUAUUACAGUAUAUUUUUCAUACUUGCUGAAGGAAAGCUUGCACAUUCCCCUAAGGAAUAUUCACAUUAAUUCGAUAAAGGAGGCAAAUUUCAUUUCUAUGUUGUCGUAAAACUUGCCAGGGAAUUUUUUGUCUAAGAUGUGGUUGUUAUUUUACACGUAGCCUUUCAAAAAAGCUGAGAGAGUGCUAUAAGAAUUGGAAAUAAUUCACGUGCUUUGGGUUGCUGAAUUUAAGUUGCUUGCACUUCAUCCCAAUAAAAUUU